AUGCUCCAAAGCAGCAGCGGCGGUGCCGCGAGUGGGGGUGUACGGGGAGGAGCGCCGGCAGCGGCGCCGGCGGCGGUGCUAGGGACGGCCGCGGGCGUCAUGGCGGCGGCGGCGGCGGCGGGCGGGCGGGCGGACGGGGACGCGGUUCAGAACAACGCGUACAACGACAUCGGGCUGGUCGUGACGCGCACCAAGGAGCUGGAGAAAAUCAUGAGGGACUCGUUCCACGCAACGGGGAACGGGCUGAACGAGUUGCUAUCUUCGUUGAGAACGGACCGCAGGAUCGACCCUCGCACGCAGCAGCGCAUACGCUCCAUCGCCGCCAUGCGCAACAAACUCGUCCACAGCGUGGACGCCAACAAUUUGACGAUGUCAAACACGUUCGGAGCCUCGGCUCGCAAGUGA